UGCAAAGCAAUUCCAUUUCUCAAACCAGCAUACUUAGUCCACUACUAGCUUAGCUUUCAGGUUUUCUCUUCCAGUUUUAGUCUUUUACAUAUUUGCAAUGGCCACAGCAGCAAAGCUACUUCUAACAGACCUCAUCUCCGGCGUCAACCAAGUCCCUUCAAAGUACAUUCGGCCCAUCUCCGACCGUCCAAAUCUCGCCGACGUUCAGGUGUCAUCGGAGGGCUCCAUCCCUCUCAUUGAUCUUCAGGGCCUCAACGGUCCCAACCACUCUGAUAUUAUAGAACAGAUUGCCCAAGCUUGCCAAAAUGAUGGCUUCUUUCAGGUUAAAAGUCAUGGGGUACCGGAGGAGAUGAUCGAUAACAUGUUAAGUAUAGCAAGAGAGUUUUUUAGGUUGCCGGAGAGUGAGAGGAUGAAGAUGUACUCCGAUGACCCUUCAAAGACUACAAGGCUAUCCACUAGUUUCAAUGUCAAGACAGAAAAAACAGCCAACUGGAGGGACUUUCUCAGGCUCCACUGUUACCCUCUGGAAGAUUAUGUUCACGAAUGGCCUACCAAUCCCCCCUCCUUCAGGGAGAAAGUGAGUGAGUAUUGCAUAAGUGUUAGAGGACUCGUCUUAAAACUGCUUGAGGCCAUAUCAGAGAGCUUGGGCCUGCAAAAGGACUACAUUGUGAAAGCUUUAGGCAAGCAAGCCCAACAUAUGGCUUUGAAUUACUACCCACCCUGUCCAGAGCCAGAUCUUACUUAUGGCUUGCCGGGACAUACCGACGGUAACCUAAUCACCAUACUUCUCCAAGACGAUGUGCCUGGAUUGCAAGUCCUUCGAAAGGGCAAAUGGGUUGCUGUAAACCCUAUUCCCAACACUUUCAUAGUCAAUAUUGGUGAUCAAAUGCAGGUGAUUAGCAAUGAUAGGUACAAGAGUGUGCUGCACAGAGCUGUUGUGAACUGCAAUAAAGAGAGAAUAUCAAUUCCAACCUUCUACUGUCCAUCACCUGAUGCAUUGAUUGGUCCUGCCAAGGAGCUCAUCAGCCAUGAUCAACCAGCAAUGUACAGAAACUUCACAUAUGCCGAGUUCUAUGGGAAAUUCUGGGACAGAGGACUUGCAAAAGAGUGCUGCUUAGACUUGUUUAGACAAAAUUGAUCAUUUGUGUAAAUACUGUGCAAUGUACUGCAUCUUUUUAGGCUAUUAGCCUAGUUCAAUCUCUAAAUUUAGCCUUUCACAAUCUCUAGAAGUAGUUCUCUUUUCAAACCAAAAAAGAAGAAAGAAGUAGUUGUCUUUGUCAAAUGAUAGAAAAAAUCUUUCACCAUUUUCAAAUGGGCUUUUUUUUGUUCA